AUGAAGACCGAGUUCAAGUUCUCUAACCUGCUGGGCACAGUCUAUUGCAAAGGAAACCUCCUCUUUACUCCUGAUGGGACUUGUCUGCUUUCACCAGUCGGUAAUCGUGUCACUGUGUUUGACCUGAUCAACAAUAAGUCCUAUACCUUUCCCUUUUCGCAUCGCCGGAAUAUCUCCCGCUUAGCCCUCAGUCCGCGCGGAAACCUACUCCUCUCUGUUGACGAAGAUGGUCGGGCCAUUCUAGCCAACUUUCCUCGACGGCUUGCCCUUCACCACUUCUCUUUUAAAGCGCCUGUUUCUGCCCUAGCCUUUUCACCUUCUGGUCACCACUUCGCUGUUGGUGUUGGAAGACUUGUUGAAGUAUGGAAAACACCUUCGACACCAGAUGCAACUACAGAUGAGGGUCUUGAAUACGCGCCAUUUGUUCGGCAUAGAGUGCAUGCUGGGCAUUACGAUACUGUCCAGAGUAUAGAAUGGUCGAGUGACUCUCGUUUCUUUUUGAGUUCCGCGAAAGACCUUACAGCUCGAAUAUGGAGCCUCGAUCCCGAAGAGGGUUUUAUCCCUACAACACUAGCAGGCCAUCGAGAAGGCGUUUUGGGUGCGUGGUUCUCAUGCGAUCAGGAACAGAUUUACACAGUCAGCCAAGAUGGUGCGCUCUUUAGAUGGAGCUACUCGCAAAGGCCAGGCGCAAACGGCGACGUCAACAUUCGUGAAGAUGACGAAGACCCUCUACAGUGGAGAAUCGUACAACGACAUUAUUUCAUGCAGAACAAUGCGAAAGUCAAGUGUGCUGCGUAUCAUGCCGAAUCCAAUCUACUUGUAGCCGGCUUUUCCAACGGCCUUUUUGGAUUGUAUGAGCUCCCGGAUUUCAACAUGAUACACACCUUAAGUAUAUCUCAAAAUGAGAUAGAUUUUGUGACUUUGAACAAUUCAGGGGAAUGGUUGGCAUUUGGUGCGUCGAAACUUGGCCAGCUUCUUGUUUGGGAGUGGCAAUCAGAGUCCUAUAUCCUGAAACAACAAGGCCAUUUCGACUCCAUGAACGCUUUGGUCUACUCUCCAGAUGGUCAACGUAUCAUUACGACUGCGGAUGACGGCAAGAUCAAGGUUUGGGACACACAAUCAGGCUUCUGUAUUGUCACAUUUACCGAGCAUUCAAGCAGCGUGACUGCCUGCGAGUUUGCGAAGAGAGGUAAUGUUCUUUUCACCUCAAGUCUUGAUGGCUCAAUCAGAGCGUGGGAUUUAAUACGGUAUCGGAAUUUUAGAACAUUCACAGCACCUACCCGGUUAUCAUUUUCUUCUGUCGCUGUGGACCCUAGUGGUGAAGUCGUGUGCGCGGGAUCGCUGGACUCCUUUGACAUCCAUAUCUGGUCAGUUCAAACGGGCCAAUUACUCGAUCAGCUAUCUGGGCAUGAAGGCCCAGUCGCAUCUUUAGCAUUUGCACCUUCCGGUGAUGUCGUUGUAAGCGGUAGUUGGGACCAUACAGUGCGCAUAUGGAGCAUCUUUGGUCGGACCCAGACCAGUGAGCCAAUACAGCUACAAGCGAAUGUCCUUCAUGUUGCAUUCCGCCCCGAUUCGAAACAGGUAGCCGUUUCUACCUUGGACGGUCAGCUAACUUUCUGGUCUGUCUCUGAAGCUAGUCAGGAAGCUGGUGUGGAUGGCCGUCGUGAUGUCUCGGGCGGUCGAAGAAUCUCGGAUCGAAGGACCGCAGCCAACGUCGCAGGGACAAAGUCUUUCAACUGUAUAGCUUACAGUGCUGACGGUAGCUGCGUCAUUGCUGGCGGAAACUCCAAGUACAUAUGUCUCUAUGACGUCCAGUCCGGCACACUCAUCAAGAAAUUUACCGUUUCGGUCAACUUGUCGUUGGAAGGCACCCAAGAGUUUUUAAACAGCCGCAACCUCACCGAAGCUGGUCCAAGAGGCUUGAUAGAUGAGAAGGGUGAAGCUUCGGAUCUCGAAGACCGCAUUGACCAUACAUUACCUGGCGCUACUCGUGGCGACCUUUCUGUUCGGCGGACGCAGCCAGAAGUGCGCGCACCAGCAGUUGCGUUCUCGCCCACAGGCGGAGCCUUCUGCGCCGCAUCGACUGAGGGUCUUCUUGUCUAUUCGCUUGAUAGCGCCCUCCAAUUCGACCCUUUCGAUCUCGACAUCAAUAUCACACCGGCUUCUACCCUGCAAGCCAUCAAGGAGAAAGACUUUCUUCUUGCCCUUAUCAUGGCUUUCCGACUCAACGAGCGGCUGUUAAUUCGUCGAGUCUAUGAAGCAAUUCCUGUUACCGAUGUCACUCUUCUUGUCAAGGACAUACCUAUCGUAUACCUCGCCCGACUCCUGCGUUUCGUCGCCCAAGCUACCGAUGAGAGUCCUCACCUCGAAUUCAAUCUUCGAUGGAUUGAGGCUUUAUUACAUGCACAUGGUCCCUAUCUGAAAGAUCACGCUAGCUCAUUGGCCUCCGAGCUGCGAACUGUACAAAAGGCGAUAGCGAAAAUCCAAUUAGAGUUGGCCAGAUUAGCGGAUGAUAAUAUUUAUGCACUGGACUAUUUGCUUGCGCAGCCGUUGCUCCUCGCAGGGGUGGAUCACGGGUCCGAAGAGGCGCCAUUGAUGGUGAAUGGCAACGGCGCUUUAGAUGAUUGUAUGGAUGAGGAUAUGGAAGGCGAUUGGAUUGGCCUAGACGACAAAGAUGGUCACGUAGACUAG